AUGUAUGUGUCGUCGGCUGUUUCUGUAAGUCCGGAUAUGUGGCCCUGGAUGACGGAGGCAAAACCCGCUGCGUCCUACCCAAGGAUUGCCCCAAACUAA